AUGAUGGGCAGCAAGGCUUAUCGGGACGAGCCUUGCGACAAUGUCACCUGUCUGCGAGCUGGAGACCAGUCUUCGACGAGUUCCGCAGCAGCGGCUGAAGGAGUCGAACCUCUCAUCGAACAGCUCAUGAACACAUCGCCACCAAAUGUCUCCACCAGCACGCUCUCUGGUCCUGCGCAUUCUCACUCUCGCCCAUCCAAGGAAUGUGACGCUGCUUCACCACGAUCCGAAUCUGACUCUCCUACCUGCUUGAUCUGUCUCGAAGAUCUUCGUCAUGGGCAUCACCGCUUCGAGUCGCUCAAUCUUCCACAAAAGCCGGCGUUGGCUGGUGCGGACCCACGCAUCGCAAACAUAUCGAGCGCGGAUCGCAUCGACGGGCGAGUACUUGUAGGACGUGAAGAUGUUUACGAGGCAGAAGCAGCAUGGCAGAGGCAAAGGAUUGUUCUGCCUCGCUGCGCUCACAGUCUCUUCUGCUUGGGCUGCAUCAUCAAGUGGCAAGCAACAACGAGCAGCAAGAGUCGUUCGGACGAUGCGGCGCAUCAGCAUUCCGCCAAGUGUCCCCUGUGCACGCGAGAGAUUGGUCCAUAUGUCCUGUACGACAUUCGAGGAGCUGAAGAGUAUUCAAGAUACUGGUUCUCCCCCAAGCAACAAGAUGAAGAGGAGAGCACAAGACCUCGGCUGCGUGCACCUGCCAGUGUGUCGAGACAUAGCGUGAGCAGCGUCAGACCACCGCCCGUGCAGCGCAGAAGAAGGCUCGCACAGCAGUCCUGGGGAGAAACCAGUCAAACUUCCGAGAGCAUCUUGGAGCGCGGCAUUGAGAGGCGCAAGAACGUGUAUGAGAUGAAUCUUUGGGCACUGGUAAGUUGAUCACGCCGCCGUCCUCUCAUGGAUGCGAUGAGGAAGCGUGUUGUAAGCAAGACUCGUUUGCUAAAUUCAAAUGCACGUCUUUGUGCUGCAGCAUGUGGGCGCGAACAAGAAGAGCGCCUUUGGUCCUCCUCCAUCUCCAUCGCAGAUCAACGAGAGUGGGAACCAUCAGAGACGACUGCGCGCCUGGUUGGAGCGAGAGUAUCAAGCUCUGCCGAUGAUGGGUCUCAGCUUUGGCCCUGGUCGAGGGUCCAAAGCGCUUCACUCGGCCCCUUCAGCAAGUCUGGAUCGAGGCACUACAAGUGCAGAUCAUUCUUUCUUGUGCACGUACACUCUCGCCAUACUUUGCUCCGUACCGGCAAAGUCGGACGAGGCGAUCAGACUGUUGAGCGAAUUUUUGGGCGUGCAGAGGGCACAGCAUUUCCUUCAUGAGACCAACGCAUUUAUGAGAUCGGCCAGGGAUGUCGCCAAGUACGAUGCGGUGGUUAGGUACGCUCUUGCUGGCGUCGUAUGUGGACUUUCUGAGCUCCGAGUCGACAAGCGCACACGUCAGGUCGGCAAGGUUCUACUUCAUCCUUUGCCCGUCAUGCUGCGCGUAACGGAUGGUGGCUUUCUCAGUGAUACACAGCACUUGACAAGCGGCGAUGUCAAGGGCAAAAGGCGGAGAGUGGAUCCUGAAGACGAAGCAGGCUGCUGGAAGUUGGGCAUGGAACAUGAACCUCCGUUCGUGCAAUCGCGGCGCAGAACGCAUUCUCGUGAAGGCGCGUUGAGACGGUGCUCUAGUACAGACCCGCCGCCGACAAUGUUCAAGGAGCUCCUCGCAUGGGAUGUCUGCAUGCCAGAGGGCUCCAGACAAGCGAACAGUCAGACGAUUCUGCGCAAAGCACCAUCGAGUUCUUCGCGCCAACCGGUUCCGGAUGUCGACGUUGAUGGGCGGCAGGCGGCGCUGCUCGUCGAACUUCACUCGAAGGAAGCGCCGCGCAAUCUUUCAAAGCACGACAUUGGCGCGCGUCGUGAGAUGCUUCUCAAGAGGCUCAUGAGGGAAAGAGCCAUCGGAUUCCAAUCUUGGCGGGACAAGGGGCCCGUCGACCUCGGUCAGCCAUCGCGCGAGAGUUCUGGAGAUGCGUCAGCGGUGCGUACAAGCGCCUCAGCGGGACUGCACGACGAGACGAGCAUGACAGAGCCUCCGCUGGUCCCUCCGGGUUCUGCCAAAUUCCACGAGCCUCAGCUAUCCUCUGGCUCGUCGAUGGGUGGAGCAGCUCAUCAAGAUGUUAGUGCGAAAAACAGCUCCGAUGCUGCGAGAGUUAGCCCCUCCGAAAAUUUGAAUCGGCUAGACCUCGAGCAAGCCCUCAGGAAAAGGGCGUCAGAGGCCAGACUUCGACACGUACUGCUCUCUCGCCAGAGAUCUGUCAGGCUGAGUUGA